UUUCACCUUCGGGGUUUUGGUUUUACCGGAAAUUCUGAAAUUCGAAACUUCCGAAUUCGCAACUGACGAAACUUCUGACUCUUUGAGAAAACCAAAUCUAACGAAACUAUUUAUAAUUUUUAGGCGUAUUUGUGUUCGAUGGCUGUAG